UAGGCAAGGUCGCACUCCAGUUUGAUGCGCGCCGCGCUGCGGCACUAUCACAUUUUCUCUUUGAGUUUCUUUCGAUUAAGAUUGGAUUUUUGAGGAAUCUACCCACGCACUGUAAUUUUUGUUAAUUUCCAAAAUGGCACAGUUCAUGAGAGUUGCUACGAAAUGCGAAAGAGCCACAUCAACGAGAGCUUACAGUACCAGCGUGCCAACCGUGAAAAUGUUCAUCGACGGCCAAUUCGUUGAGUCGAGGGCGACGGAGUUCACGGAGGUGCACGACCCGGCGACGAACGAGCUGCUGUGCCGCACGCCCAAGAGCACCGAGCCCGAGAUGCAGGCCGCGGUGGCGAGCGCGAGGAAGGCCUUCGGCGCGUGGCGCACCUCGAGCGUCCUCACCAGGCAGACGCUCAUGCUCAAGUAUCAGGCCCUCGUUCGCGAGCACGCGAGGGAGCUGGCGACGAGCCUCGUGAGGGAGAACGGCAAGACCAUGGCGGACGCCGAGGGCGACGUGCUGCGCGGGCUUCAGGUCGUGGACAUGUGCGCGGGCAUACCGAGCCUCCUGCUGGGCGAGUCGAUGAACAACAUCGCCACGGACAUGGACACGGUCUCGCACCGAGUGCCGCUCGGCGUCACGGGCUCGAUCUGCCCGUUCAACUUCCCGGCGAUGGUGCCGCUGUGGACGUUCCCGAUAAGCGUGGCCUGCGGCAACGCCGCGAUACUCAAGCCGUCGGAGCGCGUGCCGGGCGCGUCGAUGAUGCUCGCCGAGCUGUUCUCCAGGGCCGGCGCCCCGCCCGGCCUCCUCAACGUCGUCCACGGCCAGCGCGAGGCGGUCAACUUCAUCUGCGACCACCCGGACAUCAAGGCCGUGUCGUUCGUCGGCUCGGAUCGGGCGGGCAAGUACAUCUACGAGAGGAGCAGCCAGCGCGGCAAGCGCGUCCAGUGCAACAACGGGGCCAAGAACCACUGCGUCGUGCUGCCGGACGCCAACAAGAACAAGAGCAUCUCGCAGAUCGUGGGCGCGGCCUUCGGCGCGGCCGGGCAGCGCUGCAUGGCGCUGUCGGUCGCGGUCUUCGUCGGCAGGUCCGUCGAGUGGAUACCCGAGAUCGUCGAGGCUGCCAAGCGGCUUCACGUCAACGCCGGCCACGUGCCCGGCGCCGAUCUUGGCCCCGUCAUCUCGCCGCAAUCCAAGACGCGCAUCUGCGAGCUCGUCGAGUCAGCUUCCAAGGAGGGCGCUAACGUUCUUCUCGAUGGUCGCGGCAUCAAGGUGCCCAACUUCGAGGACGGCAACUUUGUCGGCCCUACCGUCAUCACCUCGGUCAAGCCUCACAUGACUUGCUACAAGGAAGAGAUAUUCGGCCCGGUACUAGUCUGCAUGGAAGCUGGUUCCCUCGACGAGGCCAUACAGCUGAUCAACAAUAAUCCAUACGGAAACGGCACGGCUAUUUUCACGACCAACGGUGCCAGCGCCAGACGUUUCACCGAGCAAGUCGAAGCCGGGCAGAUCGGUGUGAACGUGCCAAUUCCAGUUCCCCUGCCCAUGUUCAGUUUCACGGGCAACAAGAAAUCUUUCUUCGGCGAUAAUCAUUUUUAUGGCAAAUACGGCAUAAACUUUCACACCCAAACAAAAACCAUCACUCAGUUAUGGCGUUCUGAUGAUACUACUGACAUUUCCAGUUCCACAACUAUGCCUACAAUGAAAUAAUAAAAGUGCUAAAAUAAGAUGUAAUGCAAAAACGAUACACCUUCCAUACCCUCAAACUAUUCCAUUCAAAAAGUGUUAUAAUUUCGUGUUAUUUACAUCAAUCGCAAUCACUGGCGUUAACUGUAUUUUGACAUUUUUUUAAUUUAACAUGUAUUUAUAUACACACAUACACACACACGCACACAUAUGGAGACACAUAGAUUGUAUAAAAUGAUACAAAGAAAUAUACUAAUAUUUUUUAAGUAAAUCAUAAUAUAGUUUUAGUACGUUUCAUUAAUGUAAUGGAUGACUGGAAAAGUUUAAAUAAGCUCUUAAAUAAAAAUAAGCCAAUACCGAAAAUCUCGUUUAGAAAUAACGAAGUUGCUCUGUAUUGUUUUAAAAUAUGUUAUUUUUCUACAUCAUAUUUGUAAAUAUGAUUUUUUAUUUCAUGUUUAAAAAUAAACUACAUGUCAACUGAUCAAAAGCCGAAUUUUCUUCACUAUGAAAAGAAUU